UUUUUGCCAUUAACACAGACUUUUUCUUUGAGUCAAAGUAUACAAUUUUGCGAAAAUGGGAGCAAGAUCAUCUUUCCCAGUGGAGGAACUCUUGUGUCCGGUCUGCAAUAAAAUCUUCAAAAACCCAGUACUACUGAACUGUAGCCACAACAUCUGCAAAUCCUGUUGGGAGAAAUUCUGCAAAGAGAAUAAAUCUUGGGAAUGUCCAGUUUGCAGGAGAUCAUCUUCAAUGAAUCCUCCCUUUAACCUAGCUCUGAAUAGACUGUGUGAGGUCUGUACAAAUGAGAAAAUGCUGAAAGCUCCAGCAUUCUCCAGGGCACAAGAGAACCCGCUGAGACAAUCAGCACCAUCUGCUGUAUUGAAGAGAAAGGCUAGAUAUCCGGCUAGUCCUGGGCAGAGAAAUAGUGCUCAGAUCACUUCAGCUACUGGGGAAAAUGAGAGGAGUAAAACAACUUUAAUUUGGUCUGACAUACCGAAGAAAACCGAAAGAGCUUCAGUGGAGCAUUUCAUACAGGAGAGUCAGAGAGCUUCAGCUGCCUCUGAGAUACAGGAGUGGAGUCAGAGAGCUUCAACGGUGUCUGGUCAACAAGAGAGAAGUCAGACAGCAUCAGCAGCCUCUGAGAUACAGGAAAGUCGGGGAGCUUCAGCUGCCUCUGAGAUACAGGAGAGUCGGGGAGCUUCAGCUGCCUCUGAGAUACAGGAGAGUCAGGGAGCUUCAGCAGGGUCUGAGGUGUUCUGCAGUCUGCACAGGGAGAAACUCAAACUUUUCUGUCUGACUGAUAAACAGCCAAUUUGUGUGUUGUGUCGAGAUUCAAAUAAACAUAAAUCUCAUGACUGUGUCCCCAUUGAUGAGGCUGUACCAGAUCUUAAGAAUGAACUCCAGACUGUCCUGAAGCCUUUUAAUGCUAAGUUGGAGGUCUUUAAAAAAGUCAAACAAACCUUGGAUCAAACAGCAGAGCACAUUAACAACCAGGUCAAGCACACAGAGCAAAAAAUUAACCAGGAUUUUGAGGAGAUUUACCAUUUUCUACAAAAUGAAAAGGCGGCCAGGAUUGCUGCAUUGAGACGGGAAGAGGAGCAGAAGAGUAAGAUGAUGAAAGAGAAGAUCGAAGAGAUGAGCACAAACAUAUCGUCACUUUCAGACACUAUCAGAGCCAUAGAGAAGGAGCUGAAAGCGGAAGACAUACCAUUCCUGCAGAACUUCAAGGCCACUAAGAAAAGAUCCCAGUGCUCUCUGCCAGAUCCACAGCUGGUCUCAGGAUCUCUGAUAGACGUGGCCGAACACCUGGGCAACCUGCAGUUCCGGGUCUGGGAGAAGAUGCGGGGGAUCGUCAAAUACACCCCUGUGAUUCUGGACCCCAACACGGCCCACCCCAGUCUCUAUCUGUCUGAGGAUCUGACCAGUGUGAGAAGACCUGGCACAUGGCAGCUGCUUCCUGACAACCCAGAGAGAUUUAUGAAAUAUCCAGACGUUCUGGGCAUUGAGGGCUUCAGCUCAGGGAACCACAGCUGGCAGGUGGAGGUGGGAGCCCACCCUCAGUGGUUUCUCGGGGUUGCCACAGAAAACAAAGACAGGAACGGGACGCUGGGUGUGUCACCGAAGGACGGAAUCUGGUGUAUAAUUCUAGAUUGUGGAAAAUAUCGGGCUGGAGGAGGCAUGGGGAUCACUCUGAAGAGGAGGCCCCAGGAGAUCAGAGUGGCGCUGGACUAUGAAAGGGGGGAGGUGUCCUUCCACGAUCCCAAAGACAUGACGCUUAUCUACACCCAUAAAGAUAGAUUUACUGAGAAAUUGUUCCCUUACUUGAACAUUGGUAGGGCUGCAGGUGACAACCAAACUGGUAUAAAGAUCUGCCAAUCAGAAUUGUCUGUGACUGUGAUGUAGGAUGACCUUAUGUGGAAUACAGCACCAGAAACCAUAGUAUACUGUACUAUAAUCUGUAUUAGAGCAGAUGUCCUCAAAGGUAUAGUAACCAAGGGUAAAUUGUCAUUCCUCACUUAGAAAAUGGGAUUUUACUUACUAUAUUAUUCAUAACAUAUCAGUUGAUCAAUUCUA